CAGCUGUCUGUCUCAUCUUCCCUCCUCCCUCGUUUCCAGGUCAGGGGAGAGGCAGGGUAAGACCUGCCCAGUAGAUGAAGGGAUGUUUGACUCUGGUCCAGCAGGAGUGGUGAUGGCCUGUUUUACCACUAGGGAGAACUAGAGCAUUUUCAGUCAUCUGGCCUCUCCUCACCCCUCUCUCAUUGUCUCUCCUUUCAUCUUUCCUUCUCUCCCUCUUCUCUACUCUCCUUUUCUCACUCUGGUCUUUGUUCUCCACCAAGUCUCUCUCUCUCUCUCGUUGUUUUUCACCAUUGAGGUGUGUAUGUGUUACAGGUGCGGCGGGGUGUGUGGCCACAUUGCUUCAUGACGCAGCCAUGAACCCAUCUGAAGGUAAAUCUAUCCAUCUAUAAAUCUGUAUCUUUCCCUCUCUUAAACCUGUUUUUCUCGAUCUCACACAUGGUGUGUAUUCAGGUGACUGAGACGUUAUUUGCUGCAGAUAAAUUGCUGUAUCAGAGCUCCCUCUGCAGCUGUAGCUCCUAGGGCCUCCUCAAGGGCCUAGCCUGUUUACUCUGCACUGCUCGCUAGGGUGGGGAGGGCAGGGUGGAGGGGGAGACAGAGAGAAAGAGGGUAAGGUGGUGGGGAGGAGCAGGGCCUAGAAUGAAAGAGCAAUGGAUACUGGGAUAAAGAUGAAGGGAGCGAGCAGGGUUGAGAGGGAGGAGGAGGGGAGAUGUGGAGAAAGAUGCUCCCUUGGGGUCCUGUCCCCUCUGUACUGAACCCAACCAUCAGCUGUAGACUAGAGAGGACUUUGAUGGGUAUCCUUCCACUGACAUGCCUGGACAGGUGAUCCUCAGGCAGCUGUGUAGGGUGGAGGCCAGGGACAUAGGUGCUAGUCUCAGAUUCCAAGGUAACACCUGGGUCACUGCUUUGAACUUCAGCAGCCUAAAUAAAUCUCUGUGAAUGUCUUAAUUAAUCUUAACAUCCUAAUGCCCUCCUCAGCCUUGGAGGAUGUUAUGACUGUGCAGUUUUUUUUAUUUAUCUGGUCAAUAAUUUUUGUCUUUCUUUUUUAUCCUCUGGACUAUGUUCCUGGUCCCUAAUGAUGGAAACACACCUGCCAAUCCUUCCUUCCAUCCCUCCAAUCCUCCCCUCCCCUCCUCCUCUUUACUCACCUAUCCAUCCUUCCUUCCUCUCUGCCUCACAUUCCCUUAUUUUUUCCUUUAUACUGCUCUCAUCUGUCUUUCCCCCAUUCUCUUCCUCUCGUCUGGCUAUUCCUCUGUCUCUCCUUCCGUCUGUUUUUCUCCCUCUGCAUCCACCCCCCCCCCCCCCUCUCUCUCUCCCUGUCCAGUGGUGAAGCAGCGUUUGCAGAUGUAUAACUCUCCAUACCGUGGUGUGAUGGACUGUGUGCGCGCCGUUUGGCAGAAUGAGGGCGCCGCAGCCUUCUACCGCUCCUACACCACACAGCUCACCAUGAACGUCCCCUUCCAGGUGCUCCACUUCAUGACCUACGAGUCCCUCCAGGAGCUCCUCAACCCCCACAGACAGUACAACCCCUCCUCACACAUGGUGUCUGGGGGCCUGGCCGGGGCAAUCGCUGCUGCAGCCACCACCCCUCUGGAUGUCUGCAAGACCCUGCUCAACACCCAGGAGUCCCUGGUGGGGCUCCUCGCUGCAGGCCAGGGUGGAGGUCAGGCACAGGGGACACACAGACACAUCACAGGCCUGGCCCAUGCCUUCCGGACAGUGUACAGGCUGGGCGGCCUGCCUGGGUUCUUUAAAGGAGUCCAGGCCAGGGUGAUCUAUCAGAUGCCCUCCACAGCCAUCAGCUGGUCUGUCUAUGAGUUCUUCAAGUACGGAAUCACCAAGCACCAGCACGAGAAGAGGAUAGCGCAGCGGAGGGAGGGAGAGAAG